UUGACAUUUGUUUUCAUAAAAAAAACAUCGUGUCGUUGUGAUUUUUCUUCGGUUUUAAAAACGAAAAUUUAAUUAUUUGAAGUGUGACAUUGAGCAUCGUAGAGAGAUUUUCAUAUUUAUGUUCAAUUCAUUGUGCAAAUUAAUCGGUAGAAUGCCAUUUUAUGCGGUUGCUCGUGGCAGAAGUGUCGGCAUUUUUAAUACAUGGCCAGAAUGUGAGUCACAAGUGAAAGGAUUUACCGGUGCGAUCUUCAAAAAAUUCAAAACACAAGCCGAAGCCACUCAGUUUAUUGCCGAAAAACGUACAAAUGCAACACUUUCCACUGUCACACAAACAGCGACCAUAAAGCAAGCAAAAACAUUCAACAAACGGCCAGCGACUGAGAAUGGCUCUGGAUCUGGACAAGCAGCCAAGCGUUCGAAAAUCGAUGAAGACAAAACCACAGACUACACGGCAAACAUUAAACAGAUGAAAAUGUAUGGUGACUACCAUUUUAUGGAGGAUGACGAAGGCUAUGUGCACGUUUACACAGACGGUUCAUGCGAGAACAAUGGCCGACCAAAUGCGAUCGCUGGUUUUGGUGUUUAUUUUGGCGAAGGUCAUCCACUAAACACAGCGGCUCCAGUCGAAGGACCAGCAACAAAUAAUCGUGGUGAAAUCCAGGGUGCGACUCAAGCAAUCAUCCUGUCCGCCGACUGUGGCAUCAAAAAACUGUGUGUCAAUUCGGAUUCACAUUUCGUGAUUCGUUCGGUGACGGAAUGGAUGAAAAAUUGGAAGGCCCGCAAUUGGCGAUUGAGCAGUGGUGGACCGGUGAAAAAUGAAGUCGACUUCCGAAAGCUAGACCAAGCCAUUGAAGGUAAUCCACAAAUGAAAAUCCAAUGGAAGUAUGUGCCGGCACAUGUUGGUAUCCGUGGCAACGAACGCGCUGAUGAACUCGCACGACAAGGUGCUUUGUCCUACAAAAAAUGAAACACAUUGACUGAUGUAUUUGGUGAUAUAAAAGAAACACAUUGUUGAACAAAUCAUUGAAAAAAAAAACCUAUUUUCGUUCAUUUUGUCUGAAUAUGUUGAAAAAAUAGAGCUAAGAUUUAAUAAAAGGUAAACCGUAGUCGAAUUUUCUAAUCUAA